AUGGACCUACGGACACAACUGGAGAGCACAACUGAGAGGAACUGGAAUAAAGAGAAGAUGGAGCUUCUGGAGCGCUUUGACAAUGAAAGGAAAGAGUGGGAAUGCCAGUGGAAGGUCAUGCAGAAGAAAAUAGAAGAGGUAUUUUUGGGUUCUUUUCCAUGUCAGCAACUAACAUGAUGAUACUGUCUUAAGCAAAGUCCCAAAAACUUAAGAUGAUUUCACCAAAGAAUCCACAGGGUUGGAAUGAAUCAGCCAUUGUGUCUAUGCCACUGUUCAGGAGCAGGGGGAGUUCUUCAGGCACCACUUAUUGUAUAAACAUUGAAGCAUGAUGCCUUUUGGGACAUUGCUGUAGAAAGCAUGCUAAUGCUAACAUGAUAUUGAUGCCAGAAAGGGUGUUGGAAGAAUUUGCACUGUGCUUUUAAAACUAAAGGGGUCAUGAGCAUACCCUUGUAUUAUGGAACAGCAAUCCGUGCAAAAAAAGAUGCCACGAAGCAAGCUGCGGCCCUGCAAGUGCUGUUGGACUACAAUUUCCAUCAUGCCUGGUCAUGAAGUCCAACACACUCUGGGGUGCCACAGACUGCCCACCCCAAAUCUAGGUGUGCCUUUUUGGACAUUGCUUUCUGAGAUUAACAUUGACCAAUCUUGUUUAUUAGCAUGUAAAGGAAUGUCUUGAAUUUGGAAUCCAGGGACACGAGAGCAGGACACAUUUAUUCUGGCUCAGCCCUGCUAUAUUUAUUGAUGGCAUUCAGUAGCAAGAGAGUACAAUAAACAACAUACCACAGGCUAGACACAAACUGUAUUUAUACACCCUUUACUCAUUCGUUCUCUGCCAGUCUUCGCACAGUUCUAACCCACGGGACGAGUUUAGUAUAAUUAUUGCUGAUGCUCCCUUGAGUUGCCAUUUUAGCAGUGUAUUUUGUUUACCAGGACAUGGAAUUUAUUCCUGCUGGUGAUUCUGUAUCUGCUUUGUUGGUUUUCCACAUUCACACUAUGUGUCUGCAUUGAUUCAUCUGCCUGGUGGUUUGCAGCUGAGGUGGCUGAUACACCCCAAUGGAUCUCUGCCAUUUUGUGCCUUCAGAGUGAAGUGUAGCUGUUUAACAAGCUCCCUGACCUCUUAGCUGUAUUCCUUGUAAUGAGGAUGCCACUGCUUUGCCCAUCAGAUCUUUCGUUUGUCCAUGGAAGAGCAUCACCAUUCCAUAUUAUAGUUGUUGCCUUGCUAAAUCUGUAAACUGAUUUGAGAUGAAAAGGUAGAAUUUGAAGAGGGAGGUGAAAUUGAUAUCUGUCAGUCACUGCAGAGGCGAAAUGCAGAAGAGCCACCAGUUGUUAUAUCUGUCUGUUCCCCUUGCAAAGGAAGCCUAACAGGCUGUUGUGCAAUCUGUGCCUAUUGUGGUAGAGGUCACAGUUGAACUCAUGCUUCCCAUAGCAAUUGGUCAGGAAUCCUUAGGGAUACUGCUUCCAAGUCUGAGAACGAAUGGAAGAGCAGCUAGAACCAUGCUGGAUGAGGCCAAAGACCCAUCUAUUAUUAUAUUAUUUAUUAAAUUUAUAUACCACCUUUCAUCCAAGGAUCACAGGUCAGUUUACAAUAUAAGAACACAAAACUACAUAACAUAGUAACAAACUAAAACAGUAACCGCACACACAGUCGAGUCCUGUGCUCACAGUGGAUAACCUGGUGCCGAUUGGAAGCCCACAAAUAGGAUCUGAGUGGCUCUUCUGCUCUGCUUCUCAUAUCAUAUGCCUUCUCUACAUAGCCUUGUACCAAUUAUCAUGUCCUAUUGUGGUGCACCAUGUCUUCGGCUUGGUUUUGAUGUCCAAGAGUUGGCCCAGCUGGGAGAUGCUUCAUUUGAGAGUUAGUGUGGUACAAUGGGAAUCUUUUCAGACCUUGUUCCAGUAUGCAACAGCCACAUACUCAUGUGCUUUAUGUUUGAAACCGACACCAUUUUUGGAAAUUGCAGUACUUCCUUGUGAAAAGAAAUGAUGCUGUAGCAAAAAAAGUUCCAGAUAUUCCAGCCCACCAAGGAAUCCAGACUUUGGAGUCUGAUGGCACAAGCUCAACAUGAAAACAGAUAUCAUCCUUUGUUCAUCAAGCUGGUAAGAUCACUGUGGUCUAAUAGAUUUUUUGUUUCCUUUCCAGCUUUACCAGGAGGUAAAAUUAAGGCGUGAGAGCAAUAUGAAUGCCUCUGAGACUAAGGCCAUUCAUAGCAAGGCACAGACACGACCCAUACAUUCCCCCUCUUCAGUAUGGAGUGACACACCAGGACUGAACUCUUGUUCAGCAGACAAAGAGAGUUUUCUCGUCAAGACAGAAAAGGAGAGCAAGGAUGCAAAAAACAAGGGAAGAAACCAUGCUUUUGCAAAUGAUACUCUGGCCUUUGAGAGUUACAAGGAAUCUGAAGAUUGCCCAGGCUUGAAAACAACCAAGAAUUACACACAGGAUCUCAAUAUUGUGAGUAAACCAGUAAUGGGUAUUUCAAUUAGGGAAAGUGAAGGUAGCUCAGGCUUCAACCUCUUACAUGUCAACACUUUUUUAUAAGUGGCUGUUUAAUGGAUGGACUUGAUGUGUUCAGCUCAUCUGAGUCUAUUCCGAGUCCACUGGAAGGUGACAAGAUCAGAUCAGCCUGUCCUGCGUGAAAACAUGCUAACUACAGAUCUAAGAAAAUGAAUGUCACGCUGCCCUCUGUCCCCAAAAUAUAUCUCCUGGGUGCUGAGGAUUCCGGAACUUGUCAGUCAAGCCAUGCAGACUCUUCUGUUUGCUGUUUUUUGUUUAAAAUAUUUGAUAGCAUAGCCUUUUUGCUGCAGUUUGUGGUCUGGUUUAAACAUAACACUGAUUUGCUGGGAACUGUUACUUGUAAGUAGGAAGUCAACCGCAAAAAUAAGUGCCCUCUGCGAUUCCUCCUUUCCCAUGUGGUAGUUUCUCCCGGUUAUUCCUUUUCUUGGUUUGCCAUUACAUAUCAAUUCAAGUCACGCUUAGCAUAAAAACAGAUUCCUUCAUACCUGUGAUUUCCAGAAAUUACAAUUACAAUUUCCAAUUUGUAGGAGGACCUGGGCUGAUGACCAAGUCUUGGGGAGAGGGGAAGAUGCUUUGGAAAGGGAAGGAGGAGGAAGUGAGGCAAGGUUGUGGCCUGUUCAUAAGGCUAGCUCCUGAUUCGGUAAACCAUGGUGUGCAAGGUUUUUGCUUUAUUUAUUUGCCUUUUUACAAAAAGUACUCAAGGUGUCUUGCAGCAGAAUAAAACAUCAAAAUCACAGACAUAACAACACAAUAAUGUAAAUAGCAGAUAGGAGAAGUUAUGGCACUACCAGGUCUGUAUCUUUUAUGAUGUGGCUCUUCUUUAAUUACCUCUGAAAUGGAAAACAUAGGCUACAGCUGUGCUUACAGCUGUUCUAGAAAUUUGAUAAGAACCUGAUCACACUAAAAGAUUGCUAUUUGCAUUUCUAGGCUCUUAAAGAACUUGCCAAAGUAAGCGAAGACUUGUGCAGCUACCAAGAGGAAAUCCGCAAGAAGUCCAACCACAAAAGGUAUCACUACAUUAGAUGUUCUUACUUGGGCACAUUGGAGACACAGGGCCACAUACAAACAACUGGGAAAUGUUGAAUGUGAGCUGGAGAAAUGUGCACAAUACUUCAGUCUUUAAUCGGGGUGGAGACUCUGUGGCCCUCCAAAUGUUGGACUCCAACUCCCAUCAGCCCCAGCCAGCAUGGUCAAGGAUGAUGAGACCUGUAGUUCAGCCUCAUCUGGGCAGGGAAGGCACAGGUCCCCCAUCAUCACUUUAAGUGUCCUUGGAGCGAGAGAGAGAAAUUUCUAGCCUCUUCUACUUGUAAUAAAAUUGCUUGACCUUAAAUCCAGUUGAAAGCUAUGCCCACGUCACAUAUUAGAUCUGGUUGUGAAAGAAACAGCAGCCUGAGGCUCCUGUUAAAAUCCUCCCCUCAUCUGAGGCAGCUGAGCAGUGAAACCACACUUUAAUCCUUUCAAGGGAUUCACUCCCAAAAGUUCUUCCUCUGACAUUAAAAACAUUAUUAAAAGAAUGGCAUGCUUUAUAGGCUGUCCCCCAGCUUUAGUUGCCUGCGGAGCUCAAAGGUGAAAGACACAUUGGUCUUAUCUCUUUUGCACUGAGGCAGCGAAAGUUAGUCACACCUGAGUGCCUUGGAUAGCUGUGGCUAACCUAAGUUCUUGUUUGGGCACAGGAUUAGAUUCACAGGGAAGUAGGAAGUGCCUCUGUAAUCCAGCAAAUGUUGUUGCUAUCUGAUUAAAGUUCCUUUACUCUCGAAGGAACCGCUUGCCAAAAAUAUAUACAAACAUCACUCAGGUUAGCCAGUUCUUCUGGGGGAUGCUGGUGGGCCCCUGGGAUAGUUCUCUUAAGGGAUCAAAGAUGAGAUUACAAGAACCUUGGGCAAUGAUGUGUUUUGUUAUGUUGUGCUGCUGAUUUGGUACCCUGGCAUGUUGAAAAGAAAGAGAUUUCAAGAUAUUUGCUGUGUAGAAUGAUCACACUCCUCAUGGGCUUCAUAAAGGUGUGGGCCUAUUGAUAUAGGUAGGUAGGUAGGUAGGUAGGUAAACAAACAAACAAACAAACAAACAGAACAUGGACUGAGUCCCCACUUCAAGUCCUACAUUGACAUUCUGAAACUGUUGCUGGACUGAUUUGUGUAAUGGAGAGAAUAGUUAAAUCACUGCUGAUUAAUAUAAAAUAUUUUUCUUACAUAUGUAGAAAGAAGUUGUUUCCUUUCCUGGGAGAAUCUGCCGAAACUGAAAAUGCACUGAUCACGCAAGAGAUGAACCAUGUGCGUAACCAUGACCCACAAACAGUUUCAAUUGCAUUUGAUACAGAAGAGCAAAACAACAAGAAGAACUUGAUGGGCAUUAGCAGGUGUUCAAAGGAGAUGCCAUCGAGCGCUCUUGCUGGAGUUGAGAAAACAGGCUUUUUUCCCUGGCAGAAAAGAGAAGCCCCUCCUGUUCCUCCAAGAAGCACUUCCCGGCACUUGGCCAGCUCUCUCGCACAGGUUUCUGAAGCAUUAGCAAAAGAAACAGGGCACAAAAGCAGUUGUGAGACCCAGGAGGACCAGGAAGAAAGUGCAUUGACUCGCCUGCCUUUUGCAAAGCAAUGUGAUGCUCCAAUGCCACUGACAAAUGAAUGGAAAUCUGUUAGUGGGCCUGCUAUGGCUACCACGGUACCCACUGAGAAAAGGGAUCAGUCCCUUGAAUGCAAGCUGCCUGCGGGAUUUUCUCAUAACACUUGGUCUCAUGAUGCAAGUAAGGUUGGGAAUAGUCCUAAAAAGGACUCUGCCUCACAUUCUGUCCAGAAGAGCUGUUCUGACGGAAAUAUGGUGCCCCAGAAACAACAGCACCCUAUAUCGCAAAGCAGUGUGCAUUAUAGCAGUGACUUAUAUGCCCCUGUGUGCAACACCCUGGGUGAUUCUGGCUAUGGAACUGGAAAGACUCAACGAAAUGAAACGCUGGAGGCAAAAAUUGACGAGUUCAACAGAACAGUGUUUCACACAGAUAAAGGCCACAAGUGUGUGGAACGGAACCCAGUGGUGCCAGUGCUGUCUGGAGACCCCAAACCCCGCCCCAUAGUUCAGGACAGUGUGACCAGCAGGGUGCAAAAGGAAGAGCCAGCCUGUUUUCUUAAUCCCAUGCUCUCUUCAAAAAUGGACGAGAAAGCCUCCAAGCCCAGCAAAAAUGCCAAAGCCACAGGGCAGCAGAGGCAGCUCAAUGGACUCCUAAGUGGUUACCAGCAUAUGCUCCAUGAACACGACUGGAAGCCAAGCAAUUUGUCCGGCCGGCCGCGAUCCGCAGACUCCAGAUCCAACUAUGGGGUCGUCGAGAAGCUUCUGAAGAACUAUGAAAAGUCAACCGCUGCAUGGAACUCAAAGCUCCACAAAGAGCGCUGGCUGCCGCCCAGUUCGGAAUUGGCGGGUGGAAGCUGCGAGAAAUUGGGCCACUAUUUUGAAAUGCUCCAGACAGAUCAAGGGAAGCAGGAGCAACCGAAGAAUUCAACCCGGCACGUUGGGCUUUAUGCCAAGCAUGGCAAAGAGAAGCAGAAAUUUCCCGAGGUAUGCCUUUAUAAUGAAAGUUGACCCAUUUGUCACAUUUUGACCCUACUCUUCCAUGAAGAAGCUUGAGGCGGCACAUGUUGUCCAAUAUGGCCUUCCUUGAGUUUCUUAGUCCCUGGGCCUCUUGCACCCACACAACAGUGCUGUGAGGUAGGCUAGCCUGAGGGAGUGACUAGCCCACGUCGCUUAGUAAGCUUCAGAGAUGAGUGGGAUGGCUGGGUUGGUUCCUUAACAAAUCAAAUAUCGGAUGCAGCAUACACAGCUCUCUCAGGGUUCCAUUUGCAUUUUACACCAUCUGUUAUAGGAGAAAUUUUAGACAGACCUCUCAAGGAUGAUUUAUUACAAUUCCCAAUCUGACGCUGCCAGAAAGUGCUUCCCAAUUGCUGCAUGCUCAGUCCAUUGUGGAACAGACUGUGUGAAUUAGGAACAAUGGUCUGCAGAGUGGGCUUUCCAUCUGCUCAUUGGAGCCCUGAGCCCAUAAGACAUCACAGAAUUAGUGCAAGGAUAUGAUAAUAACUCGUUGAUGUAAAAGGAUUCAAAAGGCAUGAAAAAUAAUAGAAAAUAAAUGUACAAGCAAGGUGGAUUGGCGUUCAUCAUCUAAUCAAAUGUCUUUAAAUAUUACAUGUUGAAAGCCAGAAAUGAUCGCUGGCUGGAGUAAAGUUGAAUUGAUUGUAAAGUUCCUGUAAAAAUAGUCCCAAAAUUGGCCAAAGUGGGGAAGAAUAUAUGUUUCGUGCAACCCACAGAUUGUUCAUUUUCAUCCCUGUUCCUGAUAUUCCAUUGAUUUUACUGGAACCAUGCUGACAUUUCAUUUUAUUAUUCAUUGCUUGUCUUCCUUAAAAUAUUUAUAGGCUGCCCUUCUGAGCAAAACUCCUCCAGGGUCUAAAGACCUUGAUGCACAUAGAGAGAACAAAGAGGAGAAGCUUGCCAUGUUCCUUUAAGAGUCUGCCUUUGUUUUAAUAAUUCCUCCACUUCCGAGGCAGCAAGAAAAUAUCUUAGCCAUUCAUUUUGUAACAGCAGUUAGACAACACGGUCCUGGUAAAGGAGAAGUAAUUUUAUUAUGCUGUUACCAGUUCCUUGCCAUCAAUUUCCUUUUGAGCCAUGCCAUUAGGCUUCUGGGAAUACAAUACAAUACAGAAGCAAUUUUGCUGUUUUAUCCCAAGAACCAGGAAACGAAAAGGAUUGAUAAUGGAAGCAACAGCAGACUCAGCGGUGGCUGAGGGUGUCCAUGUGUGAAGACAGUGGCAUCCUCCCAGGACACUACUGCACUCAUCAGGAUGGGGGUGGUGGGAGGCUAGAUGGUGAGACUGGGGAGUCUUUGGCACAGUGGUGACACUUCAUCCCUGUUUCAGCUAGCACAAUGGCUCAUGAUGGAUAACUCAAUCAGUACAGGGUCAUGGGUUUGAGCCCCACAUUGGGCAAAAGAUUCCUGCAUUGCAGGGUGAUUUUACUAGAUGGCCGUCUGGACCCUUCCAGCUCUACAAUUCUAUGGUUCUAUGAGUGCUAUUGCCACUGAGGGGAUGCCACUGCUUCUACCUGCCCCUGCCCCUGCCCCCACAAGCUGCCACUGAGCAGAUAUCCACAUUGGCCACAGGAAGAAGGCAAAGAGUAGGGCAGAAACUAGACAUUGCAUGCAAGAUGGUAGCCCAGCUGUCCUUGUUUAGCUUGGAAAGUUGCUUGAAAGAUGAGGUGCUUAGGGGUGGAGAAGCAACUGCGUCAGGAAAAGAUUGAGCAUAUCCCUCCCUACUUUCCCACUCCAAAAGUCCUUUUCUAAAAACAGCUUUUAAAAUUAAAAAAGGGGGAAUUGUAAGGAGUGUACUUCUGUGGAAGAGCUGUAGCAGUUGUCAGAAACCACAGGCGGGGAGAGUGCUCUUGUGGCUGCAGGUUUUUCACAGGCAUCUGGUUGCCCGUUGUUGGCAUGAUCCUGCAGGUUCUUCUUCCAUUCUUAUAUUUUCAGAGCAACUGCUUUGCAUGGAGAAAUCUCCAGGUUUAACCCCCGGCAUCUCCAGGAAGGGCAAUUGCCAGUCAUGGUAGACAAUACUGAGGUAGAUGGUCUAAUAGUAUGAGGCAGCUUCCUAUGCUCCUGUCUACUUCAGAGCAUUCCUAGACAUGCUCACAGCAUUGACAUGGCCUCACUGGCAGAGGAAGAGGGGGGAGGGGGAGCGCACUGCCCCCAGCACCACGAUCCCAGUGGGGUGCCAUCACAGCUGCCCUCCCUCCGUGCUGGGUGCCACGCCCCCAGGACGCACACCAUGCCCCUGCAGGCAGCGUGCCACACCCCUGUGACAUGUGCCAUGCCCCAGGCAGCAUGCCAUGCCCCCGGGACACGUGCCAGCCAUGCCCCCACCUGCUCUCCACCCCCGGUGCCGGAGCAUGAAGCUCCGCCACUGCAUGGCCUAAAGCCUGAGCUGUAUAAUUUCCCAAGAGUCAUCUAUCAACACCCACCAUGAUAAAUUAGGGAAAGGUGGUGGCAGAGAAACAUUUCAGAGAGUCUUCUAGGCUCUGAAAGGCAUCAUUGGGAGUGCAAUGGUCCCCAGAGGCCCUACUGAUUCAAAAUGAACACCUCAGGUUACUUUCAGAUAAGUCACCAGAUGUGCUCCAAAGUCAUCACAAUUAAAUUUGUGACUGCGGAAUAGGAAGUUGGGCGCAGAGUCUGCCCACCCAUAAUUCUGUGCCUAGCCACAGCUGUCCCUACAAGACAGUGGGCAUUUGGUUGCACCACACAGUCAGUUUCCCAUCAACAUACAAUAAGCUUUUUUAAAACCUGACGGUAUGCUGAGAGGUGUGAGUGGCAUCAGGGAUGGAGCCACCACACAACCAGUUCACUCCGCAACCUGCUUGACUUCAUCCAGCUUUGGCCAUGCGCAGAGAGAGGGUUGUGUGUUUUAGCUCUCAUUUAGAGUCUCCCAUGCAUAUUUUGUGUCUUACUAGCGUGCCACAUAUUUCUUUGACACAUGCAGGAGUUCCUCUGACCUUACAUCUUUGCAUUGCUAUGUUAUGGUAAACAACACAUUCUCUGGACCUUUUAAUAGCCAGCAGCCACCUGUUGUAAGUCUAGGCAUUCUCUUUAAAUUCCACAAAUGCUUUUUGAGGGGUUUUGUUCUGACUUUGUUACCCAAGCAGCCACAUUUGUAUUUGUAGGUGUCUGCGCCAGCUAAGCAGUCAAAUGCGAAAGGCUUCUCUCGGCCAGCUCGGCCAGCAAACAGGCGUUUGCCUUCCAGGUGGGCCUCCAGGUCGCCAUCAGCCCCACCAGCUGUGAGAAGAGCUGCCUUGAACGAACUUUCUUGAACUUCUGUUGCGGGAUCUCAGUGGUUCUGAACUCAAGAAUGGAUCUGGUGCUGUUAUUAAAUCUCCAUAUGGACUCUCUUUUCCACGUUCCUGACCACAACCAGAUCUGUGUAAUUGUAUUUUGGUCAACAGUGACUUUGCCCUUGGACUUGUUGGAGUCACUGUUUCAAUUCUGAGACCAUCCUUCCACAGUCUUCAGUGUUUUUAUCAACUAGAUAAGGAUGCCCCUUCCUCAUAUGUAUAUAUAAUUUUAUAAUUCGCAACCAUUUUUUUCCUUUGAAUGACAUAUGCCAAUAGUUAUCUCCUCAAUCUUUUUUUUAAAAAAGAAAUUACGUAAUGUAUAAUCCUGUAUAUUCUUACUUUCCCCACAAAGAGCAGGAAGAAAUGCUGUAUGCAUGAUCAUGUGUUUGUAGGUGCAUGUGUUGAAAUAGGAAGCAUAACUGUAUUUAGGUGAGAGAAACUCAGUUCCAGUGCUGAUAUUGAAAUUAUAACAUUUGUUUAUAUACUUGCAUAUACACAUAAAAAAGUUUCUGUUUUAUUUUGAAAGUUCAGCAUAUAGCCCAGGCAAUAAUAAUAUUUUGUAUAUCUUUUACAGGUUUCACAGGUCUAGUAUUUGAUAUACAAAAACUAAGAAAUGCAUUUUGGGGGGGUAACUGUAGUGAAAAGGCAUUUUAUGGUAUGUACCAGGGGCAGUUUCGCUCAGUGAAUCGAGUCUUCAUUAAUGCUUAUUUAAAUGCCACUUCUUUAAACUUUACUAUGCUAGGCAUAUGUUUCAGAAUUAAAAAUCUAGUAUUUACACCUACAUUAGGCCUUUAUCAGUGCACAGACAUUCCAAAAAGUAAUGCUUGUGUUUGCCAUUUGCUAUAACAUCACUCAGAGACUGGACUCUAAUAGAUUUGUUCAACCGGCCGUGUGUGUUGAACAGAGGAGAAAGAUUGAGAUGGAUAUCCAGACAACAGCUGCACUUACACCAUCAAAUCCUGACUUUAUAAACCACACUAUGAUAGAGCUUGGUGCAGCUCCCUGCUACCACUUGCUCCUCCCUUUAUGCAAACAAAGAAACAAGCCAGGAAGCAAUUGUUAAUGGCUUCUGAACAAGCCAUGAUUUAAAACUUAUGAAUCUUGCUUAUUUGGAAGCCAUUAACAAGAGUUCCUGGGGCACAUAUAUGCAGAAACUCUGGUUGAUACCUCUUCCAGGCUAGUUUCCCUACGUGCAUGAAGGCUGUGUACAGGUGCAUGGAAGCCAGGCAAAUCCUGGCUUUAAAAGCAUUAGGGCAGAACGAUACCUUCACUGGCCUCAGGGCUUCUAGAACAACCCACAUGUUGACAUGUUGGUUUCCUUGCUGACUGCUGUCAGCGCUGCGGAAUUGAGAUGAUGAAACACACACUGAUGCUGCCCAGACAUGUAGUAAGAUGAACUCCAUGACAUGAAGGAGAACAUGCCAGAGUGGCUGGGGCAACCCAGUCAGAUGGGCAGCAUAUAUUAUUAUUAUUAUUAUUAUUAUUAUUAUUAUUAUUAUUAAACAUGAUGAGUGCAUGCUGGUUCUGCACACUUCCACUUCCCCUGAAAUGUAAUAAAAAUGUAGCUAAGUCAUAUUUACCAUUAAUGUUAGGAUUUUGGCAAGUGGCAGGACUUAACCUAAGCGGUGCUUUUGAGCCAAUCCCCACUCCCUCCCCCAUUAUGAUUGUCCAGGCUGCAGUCAAAGUCUCAAGAUGGAGCUCAUCACUUCAUUUUAAAUGAAAGCAGAAGAAUUAUCAACCAAUGAAGUACUGGAGGACUUCAGAGAGCCAAGGCAACUGCCACAUUCUGCUCCCAUGAGCGCUAUGAGUGGCUCUCGGUUAUGAGGUUAGCUUUCAUUCUGGCAGAAGCCUGACAUAGAGUACAUAAAUAUUGCAUCAAGAUAGGAUUGCUGUGGUGCCAGAAAUCCUAGACUGAUGGCAUUAGAAGCAUGUAUUUGCCAUCAUCUGUCUCUAUGUUGUUGGCUGUUAAUAUGCUAUGUGCGUAGCCCAAUUUAUACACUCUUCCUAAGAGUCUGAAUGAAAUAUAGAUCCUCCUGAACUGCCUUGUUAAGUGUCAUUUAAAAAAUGCUGCCUUCAUCAUUGUGAAUGUUCAUCUCUCUGAGAAUUUUGCAGGACAAAUGAACAGCAACCCACAUGGAAUACUAGGGUGAAUGUAAUAUUUUUAAGGAAAUAGGUCUGUCCAAAAUAGUGACACUAUUACUCUUGUCAUGAGAAAAGUCAGACACUACCUUGCUUGAAGAAAAAGAAGAAAUCAAAAUUCUUUGCCACAUUAACCCAUCAACAGAUCAGAUCCUAACAUUUUAUUGGCUUGAAAUAUUUAUCAUUGACUGUUCUGGCUAGGAUUGGUGGGUAUUAUAGCUCCAACAACAUUUGAAGGGACACAGGUCCUCCACCAUUGAUUUAAAAGCUAAAACAAUUCUGUUCUCACAAUGGCCACUCAGUUGCCGCCAGAAGCCCACAAGCAGGAUAUGAGUUCAGGAGCAGACCCCUCGCUUAGGAUUCGCAGUAACAUGUUCAGAGGCAUACUGCCUCCAGCAGUGGAGAUAGCACAUCAAUACUGCAACUGGUAGCCUUAUCCUCUACAAAUCCUCUUAAAGCCACGACAUUUCAUGACAGUGAAUUCCAUGAUGUAGAGAAGUCUGUCCUAAAUCAUUGCAUGAUGCUGGGUUCUAGCAUUAGCAGAGAGGAAGAAAAACCUUUCUUUAUUCACUUUUUCCACACUAUGUGUAAACAUAUACACUUCUAUCAGGUGUGCUGCCCCCAUUUACUCAAUUUGUUUAUGAACUGAAAAGCCCCAAAUGAGUUGCUUUAGUCCUGUUGUCAUUUUGGUUGCCUUUCUCAGAAGCUUCUCCAGCUCUACAAGCACAGAUCUGGCCUCAGGAUCUGUUGCUUAAAAGAAUCUCAGGUAAUAGGGGCUAGGAAAGGUUUCUUCUUGAGAACUGAAGAGACAGGACUGGUAUAUAUGGACCAAUAAUCUUAUCUUAGUAUGAGGCAGCUUCAUAUGUUUAGCAGCUGAUGAAUGAGGGAACACUUGCUACAUGAGAGUUUUACAGUCAAUAAUUGUGUGUACCUGCACCACUGCACCAUUAUUCCUCUUCCAAAUUAUUUCCAUGUCACAGUGAUCCCACAGACGAGCUGAUCUUGUCUGAAGGGGGAAUCAUGUUGACUACCGUAUUUACUGUGAAGUUUUCUUUUUGACAGAAAAAUUUACAGAAUACUUGAAAAGUGACCAGAGAUUAUACUAUAGAAUUGUACCAAUUCUUGGCAGAACAGGCAACGUAUGAUCUAGCUGACUUGCCUUGUGAAUGAAUUAUGAUAAAAACUUUUUAAAAAUUGCCUGUGAGGUAUCUGAGAGGAUUCCCCUGCCCCUCUAAUUGACAUGAGACUGAUCUACAGGAGCCAACUUAUUUUCUGACAAGUUUCAUGGCAUGUAAAAGUUCACUGGUGAAGCUUUUACCACUAGGCAUAUUGGGGAAAUCAUCACUUGAAUUUCCUCCUGACACAUUUUUUUUAAAAAGACUUGACGUGACUUCCAAUAAAUACAAAACAUACAACGUUUGACAUAAUACCAUAAAAAGAGCAACAUAUAAAAAACCUCACCCUACCCCAUAAAAAUUGACACAAUCAGCAUCAGCACAAGAAACAGUCAAUAGCCAAAGAUCACCAUAAAUAGAUAAUAACAAACACCCUAUCGUAAUGGCUGGGAGCAGAGGAAUGUCUUUACCUGAUUCUUUAAAAAAAUAAAUAAUCAAAAAUAGUAAUAUUGGUUCCAGGCAGGCUUUAGUGGGAAAAGUACUCCAUAGGCAGGGAGCCACAAACAAGAAGGCCCCGUCCCUUGUUUGGUUGUAAGUUGCUUUGGAUUGCCCUGGGCAAGAUGAUGAUGAUGAUGAUGAUAAUGAUAAUACCACCUUUAUUGUCAAUGUACAACCUGUGUACAAUGAAAUUAACUGCGCAACUAAGAUUAAGCAACUAACAAAUUUAAUAACUAAUAAUAAUAAUAAUGAAUAAUUAUUAUUGCUGCUCUCCAAACCUGUCUCAGAGGUGAAAUCCAAAGGAGGGUCUCAGAUGUGGAGUUUAAUGCAUAGGCAGGUUCAUGCCAAAAGAGGCUAUUGAAGGCAAAGGCAGGAAAACCACUUGGAAAUCUAUGUCGAUGCUUGAAUUACUGUGGAAAAGGUUGCUGCACUCUUGUAUGAAGUAAAUCCUCCAUUUAACCUAUGUUGGCUUAUCUUUUCAAAGCUCGUUCAUCAAAUGAUAGCAUGGUAGUUUAGUCUGCUUUUGAUUUCUGUCACUUUAUCAAAUAACAGCUACAAUGUAAGAUUAAGGAAUGGUAGGUAGCAUCCCCUUGUAUAUAGACCUAAUUAAGGCUGCAAUCCUAUACCCACUUAUCCUGGAACGUCCCAUUGAACUCAAUGGUAUUUACUUACUGAACUACACCAUAAGAAACCCUUGUGGUAAUUAAUUUUAAAUUGAUCAAUGGCAAAUUGAAUAGGAUGUUCUCCUUUCCUCAAUUAAAUAAUGUGUAGUCCCUUCUUUGUUUGUUUUAGCAUUUAGAUAAGUACCUGGCAUUUGAAUUCAAAAUGCAGAUAGGUAGUUCGUUCAUUGGCUGUGUUGAUUUUAGAUGCUUCCACUAAGCAUGUUUAAAUGGAGCUGUCGUGGCAAACAGCAGCUGAUGGCUUGCAAAAGAAGCUUCAGUCUGAUCUGAUAGCUACAGCUCUUUUAAGCAGUAACGAUGGAAUGAAAUGUGUUAGCAGUUGAGUGUAUAAAGGAGGAUUGUGAUUGAAAUGUGUGGUGUACGGUUUCAAAUAUGCCGUGCUGUCCUGCUGGGAAUUCCAAGGAAGCAACGCAAAUUGUUUCUGGAAGGACAGUUUCAGAGGCAAUAGUUUGAGACACAGAGGACCAUGACAUUGGUGAUGGGUUCAGCAUCCCUUCCCCGAUUCCUGCGUCAGCCUUGCGCCAACCAAUUCUGAGUUGAUUCCGUAAUCACAGGGUUAGGAAAAGAAGCUGGUGGUAGAAGGGAAAGGGUAUUUCAGGGAAGACCAAGGAUGGAAAGUAGUGUGGCAUGAAGGUCUACCAGUUACUAGUAAUUUGAACUAGAGUCAUUUCCUUUCCCAAGAAGCAGCUUAAGUUAGUGGGGGGAAAUGUAACCAUUAGACACUCUGGCCAUUCCACCCGGAACUGAUGGAUUUGGUAGUUCAAUAUAUCUGGAGAGCACCUGGAUUGGGAGGGGGAUUUUAGACUCAAGACAGCAUUCUCCACUUUCCCAUCCUGUGUCUUGUAUGCCCUUUUGAAAAUAAAAUUAGCCACAAACACAUAUUGAGGCUUUCUUAUGCUGCCUUGCUUUUGAAAUGUGUUGUUGCGGUUUACAUAGCCAUUGAAAUAAAUCCAACAUGUGGUUUACAAGCCUGAUUGAAGCUGAAUUGAAGUAUUGAACCAGCAAAGGCACCUGCCAUCUCUGGCACAAAGGACUCAGCUGCUGACCUGCAACUUUUCCAGCUUUAAACACAUGUCAAUGGGAUACCCUCCUCCAUUGUAUGGGAUGAACCUUCUUCACAAAGGAAGUAACUCCUGACAGAAUAGGGGGUUCAUUUAGGAAAGACUGGAAGAAGUCAGAUGACAUGUGAUUAUACCUCAGAAGCACUGGUUUUUCUGGCCAAUUCACUGGGGUUUGGGCUACAUUACUUGAAUCUGGAUCUCAUUGAAAUAAAUGUGAAAAUACUUAAUUUGGAUCCAAUUCACCCAUUUGGUGUAAUCCAUACAAUAACAUGGCUCUGUUCUGGUAUAUAUGCCCAAGACCUAAAUCAAUUUGUUGUUGUUGUGUUGUUUUCUGCCCAGUUUCUUUUUUAUUGAGCAACAAAAAUGGACAAUGCACAUGAAGUGAAAAACAAACAUUAUCAGCAAAGUAAGUUCAACACAAGGACCUUCUGAUAAUAAAAUCAGAAGAAGAAAAAUAAAAAAUCAGGAGUGAAUGAAAUGGAUAAAAUUAUAAAUGGGGAAUAAGAAUACAAGUGACAUUGUACAAUGAAGGAAAUAGGAAAGGUUUGCCAGCCCAUGUGGCUGUGACUUGUUUAGUUUUUAAAGAGAGAUUAUUGUACAAUUACAUUAAUUAUUGCAGAUCUUAUUAACCACAGCAACUGUAUUCAAAGUAUAUUGCAUGGACAGGGUGGGGGAGGAAAGAGAUUUAACUGUUAAUGCCAUUGUGUGGGCCUUUAAACACUGAUGAUCAAAUCUCUUCGCAUUCCCAUCAUGAAAUCUGAAAUAGCUCCUGAAUACGUAGAUAGAUGUUUCUGCAUUGGAGAAUAAAAUAAUCUGAACUAGACCUUUAGGGGGAUUUCUUUUUUUUCUCUCCUUUUUUCUUUAACUUUUUAUCUUGUUAACCAACAUGAAACAAGUCCUUUUGAAAUAUUCUUUCUCUCAUCUUGUUUCCGGGCAAGUGAAACCACAAUCAGCUAAAGGCUUUUGCAUCUUCCGUCACCUCCCAUUCAUAUAUAAUCAUUAAAUGUAGCACACAGCUCUGUAAUCAAAACCAACAAAUGAGUUCUGCAACAAAAUCUUGUUGACAUUCCAAGUCCAGAUCAAAUCUGUCCUUGCCCUCACUGUUUCUUGAGGUGGCAGGCUGCCUUACCUGCAUUAUCUCCAAGCAAAAGUAUCUGGAAUGAAAUGGCACAUAUAGAGUGUUUGUGCAGAAAGGGUUUGAUAAUGUGAAAAUAUGGAGAGAGAGGCCACAACCAUUUCUUAAUGUAGCAUCUUAACUAGCUACAAACUCCCUCCUUACACAGUUUUAAACUGGCAUGUAUCUCUUUGUGACAUGACCUGAGCAUCUGCAAUGACUCUUGAUUUUUGUUACUCCUUUUUAAUUUUUUUAUUUUUAAAAAGUGCAUUUGGCGUUGAAGGUAUCCAAUAUAAUUGUUUUCCUCCAGUUGUAUGGCAGAUUGUAGCUUGUUCCAUUUAUUAUUUCACAAAAUGUGUUUAGAAUUUCCUCUUUGAGCUAGUCUCACAAAUGCAACAGCUCAUUUUUGUGCCAAAGAAAGACAAACAUCUUAAGACAAAUAAAAAUAAAAUCCCAGAGAAUGACAACUAAUUAAUUUCCCAUGGUAAAAUGCUAUCCCCGAGGCUGCCUAUGGAAAAUACCAGAAGGAGAAUUUAAGAGCAGAGAGGGUGGAGGAGUGGCAAGGAAAAUAUGGUUUUGGUCAUGUUUACAUUCUUCCAUUUGCUUUGCUCAUAUGUUCUAAUACAUGUUGAAGAGGGACUUGAAAUUUGGCCAAGGUGUGGGCAAACUAUCCAUGUGAAAAUUGUAUGUGCUGAGUGUACAGCAGUCUGACAGAAAGGUGCGGGAGGAGAUACUUCAUGGUUAUAUUUUUUUUAAAAAGGUGCAUACACACCAUACAUUUAAAGCACACACAUCUGCCAAGAAUCCUGGAAACUGUAGUUUUCCCCAGAGCUACAAUUCCCAAGACUCUUAACAAACCACAGCAACCAGGAUUCUUCAGGGUGAGGGGGAGAAUGUAUUUUAAAUAUAUGGUAUGUAUGUAGCCAAGGACCAGCCAAUCAUCAUUUUUCACAGAUAGCCUUUCAAAGCAAGAACUACCUUGAGCCAUUUUCAUUUGAUCUCAAAGUUGUGAUAGGAUCCUCAGUGGUUCACUAGAGUACAGACAUCAGUCAGUGUCAGCCCUUAUACACUUUGGUAACUAGUAUGUUGGGUUUAUUAAAGAAAGUAUUAAUAUCCUAUCUCACACUUGAUCAAGCAUUUUGAAUCUUAUAUCCUAACCAUCUAUCUGUCAAGGACACUCAGAGUUGCUUACAGUGGCGUAGCGUGGGUUGUCAGCACCCAGGGCAAGGCAAGUAAUUUGCGCCCCCUAACCCGUGGAUUUUAGUAGGGGCAGAGAGCUGCGAGUGCGAGCGCGCCCCCCCCAGAUGUUGCGCCCGGUGCGGCCGGCCCCCCCUGCACCCCCCACGCUACGCCACUGGUUGCUUACAAUAAUAUAUGGUGUGUGUGGGAUCCCCAUAUUCCUGCAAACAUGUAACUCAUCACCCAAACUAUGUUAUCUAUAAGCAAACAAAAUAUAAGCAAAUAUUCUGUGGCUGAAUUGUAGUUCACAAGCUCCAUUUGGAGACUACUUUAGGUCCUUCCACGUGCCAUAUUUUUUCAUGUGACGAGUUGUUCUUGUCCGAAACAUGUAAGAGCUGAACAAGAGUACAUAAAAAUCUGUAAGAUAAGGUCAAUCAUAAAACAAAAUUAAAAGAAUGAUAAAGAUCAUUCAUGGUUUAUCACGUCAGCUGCAAACUGGAGACUUUUCAAAAGUUCUGAGAAAUCAAGCAUUUCUUAAUGUGUGAAAAAUGAGUGUUGGGGGGCACAGAAGGGUUGUGUAAUCAUAAACCUUAUAAUUUAUAGAAAAUUGCCAGGUAGUCAGCUUAAUACUGAUAGUUUAAAAGCCAGAUACAGUACUCUCUUUUCUGGGAGGUAUGAUUCAGUGAUGUGCAUGGGAUGUCUGUUAUAUUUAUUUGUCUUUUGGUCUAGACUGUUCUCUUUAGAUAGGAGACAAACUCAAUUAACCCCAGGAGAAGCAAACUGAUGUAAUGCAAGAGGCAGCACGCUGCUGUUGUGUAAUAUACAAGCAAAAUACAGUGCAGUAAUUCAAAGUGCUUGCCCACUGGUGUUUGUGUUUUUUAAAAAAGUAUUUUCCUCCAUUAUUUCCAGUUUUAGUUAGCCAUAUAAAAGCUGAGUCAUUGGAUUAAUUAAUAGAGCUUUAAUGUCUUGAAUUACCAUUCAGCCUUCAUAGAGAAAUUUACAUAAGUGAAAGCACCACUACAGGCCAAGGUAUCAGAAGGGCAACCGCAGAGAACAUGAGGUAAAAUUACUGCGUUGUCUGCAUGCAUUGAUUUCUUCCCCUCAUCUAAUUUCCUAGCCCAAGGGAAAAUGAGAGAGGAUGUGUCGCAUUAUUGACUAAACAGACUCACUGAACCACCCUGAGAAGAGGAGAAGAUAACAGGCUUUUAAAUUAUUUCAUGAUAAGACAGCAACAUAUACAGUAACUGCUUUUGGCAGAGGAUUGCUUUGACAAGAAAAUGGAGGUUGGUGAUAAACUCCUUUAAAUGUUUCCCUGCCUGGAUCUUUGUUUAAGCGGCACCUUCCUGCCUUGUCUGCACUGUUGCAAGUCUCUUCUUCCUGCCUGACUUCCAUGCUUGCUUUCUUGAAAAAGAUGUGGGUCUCCAGUAAGCCUCGGGAAAGCCCUUAUGUAGGUAGUCCUUGAUACAUGAAGACUCUGUGUAGUUAACUCAGGGGUGAGGAAUAUGCACUUUGCUCUAUUAUUCAGAGGCACUUUCAUCAGCUCAUCAGUUCCAGGGAUUUGAGCCUUGGCAAUGAAAACAAAUGCUGGGACUGAGCCCUGGCACUAUUCAAGGCUGGCCUGCUGCCCUUCUUCACAGUCUCAUCUCUUUCUCUUGUCUCCUGCCUGCUGUUUCCCAGCUUCAUUGCCCAAUCCAUUUCAAAUAGCCUCAUCCAUUCACGUUCCAGCUUGACCAGCACGCCAUGGGCUAGCUCUCCUAGGAUCUUCCUAAACGUUUGGUCAGAUGAAGCUACUUCAGUUUGUUCAGCCCCAUAUUGGCAGCUCUAGCCUUCCCUAACUUCGUGUCCUCAAGGUAUUUUGGACUACAAUUCCCAUCAGCCCCAGUUAGCACAGCCAUUGGAGAUGUCACGUUCUGGUCUGAUGUGGGAUUCCACAGGAACGGCAAGGAGAACCACAGAUAGCUCCAGGUACGUAACCUGCAACAACAAAGACAGGUUUUUAAGCCUUUGCCUCCAUAUGACUUCUAGGCUCUACCUCUAACCCCUUGUGGAAAAAGGAUGAUUCUUAAAGGGUCAACCCUCUGGCCUGAAGAUGGAUUUAUCUUACAUUUCCUAACCUUGUGGCUGGUGCAUGCCCUGCACUGCUGGACCGGUGAGGUAAAGUGGGAGGCACUGGGUUCCUCAUGCAAGUGAGGGUUCUGGCUCUGGUCCUACAGGCCCUGGGGGUGCUGGAGGUCCUUCUGGGGUCUCCUGUCUACCAGCCUCAGGUGCAGUGGUCUCCUGAUCUCCAAACAUCACCGUAGAGCCUUGAAAUAAGCCUGGUGCCCCUGCAAUCCCAACUCCAUACCCAGACUGCUGCUUGAUCCAGAGGUCAUGAGGCCAAGCUGGGAAAGAUGAGAGUCCAAAAAAUGUAUAAGGCCCCAGACUGGCAGCAGCUCUCCUUGGUGCAAUCCCUUUGACUGGAGAUUGAAUCUGAGACCUUCUACAUACAAAGCAUGAGCUCUACCACUGAGCUGCAUUCCCCUUCAUUAUCAGCAUUCCCUCUUGGCUCUGGUUUCAAUCUUGCUAUGAUUCACACUUUUUGUGCUCUCUCCCUCUCUCUUUCAAAUGGAUGCUAACAACCAGGGCCAAUGUUCCUAUGCAAAAAGACAGCUUGUACCCUACCAUAGAGCUAAUAUCACUAUAAUUUGAUGCUGUCUGCUGCUUGGUCCCUGCUCCAGACAGUGCUUGCUCACUACUUGGUGCAAUGCUGCACUGCAGCAAUGCCGGUGCCAGCACAAGGCAUGCAUCAUGGGAGAAAAGCAAUGCAGAUACAUAUACGAUGCUUGCUGGAGUGUGCGUCCUGGGAGUUUAGUAUUUAUUUUAUUUAUUUUUACAACGGCAUAUACAGCUUCAUCAUAAAGAUUAUCAAAGCAGAAUAGCUUGGGGAGAGGUCUGCAGCAGCUGCUCUCCCCCUGGAGCCUAAGAUGGCUUCCUAACUCUGCCUAACGAUAAGGCUGGCUCUCUACGUCCUUUCCACAAUGAACAGUGAUCUGAAGAGAUGGAAAUUGGACUGCACUCUUCUAUUGUAGUGCAGAAAACAGAACUGGGUCUCUUAUCGUUUACCUUUUUCCCUCUUUGUAUGGAACCUGCUGAUAGAAAAAGUGCUUUAUAUUGCUGCCAUUAUCUGAAGCUGAAUUAAUGAGCUUGAGAGUGAGUCUGGCAGCAGCAAGAAGAAAAUGCAUUCCCCAAAUUACUCACUCUGGCAGGGAUGCACAAGAUGCAUUUGUGAUUGAUGCUUUUUUGUUCUUCCAUAUCACAAUCUAGAAAGAUUUGUUUGUAAAAUUAUUUUCUUUCUCAUUUCUAGUUAUUGUGCUUUGUGUUUUAAAAGAAACAAACACCCCAUCAACAGCUUAAACCCUGCUUAAGGAUCUGCACUACCAGGCCAGAUUCAAGGUCUUCGCAUGUAAAGUCAGUUUACUUGCCCCAUAUAUACAGUGCUAACAUUCAACCAGAGAGGUGCUGUUAAAGGUGCCAUGUGAUGUUUACCUUGCUUCUGCCAGACAGCAUUUAGUGCAGCUGCACCUAGGUUGUAAAACUUAUUGUUUCGCAAGAAUCGCAAGCGCCAUUCAAUAUUUCAAUUCAGAGGGCUGCUUAAGGGCUCUCUUUUGGUUACACAGGGCUUUUCUGGUGUCUAGCUCAACCAUUGUUUAUUGUGCAUCACAAUCCAGAUGCUUGCUAAGUAUUUUUCUACCAUUUUAUGCAUGUGCUAUGUUCACUGCUGAGAUUACUGUGUUAAACUGCAGCAUCUUUAGCCAAUAAACAAGCAAACAAAAAACAAAACUACAAUCUGCGAUUAAAUUGCCAAACACACACACACACACACACACACAGAGGGGGGAAACACCCCGUUUUGCAUGAUACCAUAAAACAGCUGGUAUUCAACCCCUGUGUUUCUGUAGGUCACUGGUGUGUGUGUCCUAAUUAGCAGGAGGCCAUCUCAGAGCAGCAACUCAUACCGGGAUCCUAUAGGCAGCUUUCUCUGAGGGCAGGUAAACACUGCACAUGGGUGGCUCAGGAGUGAUUAAAUCAAUCACACCCAGUGCGGAGACACAGCAAAACUGCCCAUCUCAAGCAGAAACUGAUUAAAAGGAAGCAAGGCCAGAAUAGUAAUCCACCCAUAGAUGCAUAUACAGCCUCCCCUGUGGGUGGAUACUUACAGCCCGCAGCAGCUUUUAAUGACUGAAUAAGCUUAUUUCUCAAAGCACACAAGCUGUUCUUUCACAGUGCAUAGUUUGGAAAUGACUGUGCUAAAGGAAAAGCAGCCUGUUGCCAACUGGGAAUUAGCAAUGCAAGCUUAUUUGUAGGUCAGGAGAAUAGUUUGAAUGAGAGUCGAUCUAGCCAUGAUAGCAGCACAUGUGCAUGAAGAAGUGGUCUGCUGCUGGAUCCCUAUCAAAUAAGGGAGAACGUUUAAAGGUGGGCAGGUGAGAGGAGACAGCUUAACCCAGGGGUCAGCGAACUUUUGCAACAGGGGGCUGGUCCACUGUCCCUCAGACCUUGUGUGGGGCCGGGAGGGAAGGAAUGAAUUCCUAUACCCCACAAAUAACUCAGAGAUGCAUUUUAAAUAAAAGCACACAUUCUACUCAUGUAAAAACACCAGGCAGGCCCCACAAAUAACCCAGAGAUGCAUUUUAAAUAAAAGGUCACAUUCUACUCAUGUAAAAACAUGCUGAUUCCCGGACCGUCCACAGGCCAGAUUUAGAAAGCGAUUGGGCCGGAUCCGGCCCCCGGGCCUUAGUUUACCUACCCAUGGCUUAACCCAUCACCUAUCAGUUGUAGAAAAUUCUCAGUUUCUUUAUUUCCCUGCUGAUUGUAAACCCUGCUAGGAAGAGAGAAAGCUUUAGAAGUUGUUACAGGUGAAAAAGCACCACUGACUUGGGUCCUGCCACCAUCAUGCCUACUUGAGAUAACAAGGACGCUGCAUUAUGAUUGAGACUGGAAGAUCUCACAUGUGCAAUGGUGGGUUAAGGAUCAAGAAGAGAGGUUUCUCCCUGCAAGUUGUAAUAAAAUGGUGCUAUUGUGCUUGAGGGCUGACGUUUGUCCUCAGACCCAGUCAUUACAAGGCAGCCCAAAGAACUGAUAACUAUAUUGAAUUUGACUGUGGCAGAUGCUAAGCAGCUCACUGCCGUCUUCCUGCUCUCUGACUUACUUCAGCUCCAUUUAACUGUGUUGUAUCAGCUCCUGGAGGCCUUGUUAACCUGCCCUACAGGUCUUGCAGAACAAAGCUUGUCAGCACUGAAGGAUGCUCACUCUUGAUUCUCAUUCCAAGCCAUUUAGCUUUUAUAUUUCAUACUGCGCCAUGUUCAUCCAACAAGCAGGCUACAUCAGUUCUUCAUUUUCUUUAGAAUCCAAGCAGGCUGCAACUUGAUCGCACACGAGGAACCAACUGUUAAUUCUCUUCCUUCUCUGCGUGAUUGAGAAGGGAGGGAGGGGGGACAAGCCAGCAAGGCCUGAUUGGCCAGAGGAGUGGGAGGAUGCUCUCCUGCUGAAGCCCAAGGAGAGGAGAAUCUGAGGAGGCACAGUAUGCUAGUAUGUGGCAAUGGAAAGCCUGAGAGAGCAAUCUAGAGGACAGCAGUGUAAGCUUGCCAUGUCGUAUCUCACUGGAUUUGCAAAACAUGUAAAAAUAACAAUAAUACUGUAAUGUAUCUUUGCUGCUCAGAGGCUAUAGGAACUCACUAAGCUGCCAUUUAAGGCCAAGUCACACCAUUUGCGCAUCCAGUUCAAUAUUGUCUACACUGCCUGCUACACUUCUCCAGGACAAGAGAGGGAUGAUGCCUGGAAUGAUUGCUUGCAAAGCCUGUGCUCUGUCACUGGGCUAUGUCCCUUUCACAAGGACCAUUUCAUCUAAGCCAUAUUGGAAUUUUGAAGCAGGAGGGUUACAGAAUAUGAGUAAAGCAUCAGAGGUGACAUUUAUUCUGAUUUCCUUUUAAAAGACACGUGGUCUGUGAUUGGGAAAGGAUUGUGCCCAUGCUCAUGCAUAUAAACAAGAGCCAAAGCAAUAACAACAACUCAUGAACCAUGGCAUGCCUUGAAUGUGUGAAUCAUGCCAAAGGAGUAUCUCAGGUGAAGCACACAAGAAAAGCUCACAGCAGGCUGCCCAAAUGAGAUUGCCUCACAAAUUGGGUGGGGAAAGGCUUUGAUGAGGGAAGUCUUCUGUUAAUUAAGCAUUCACCCAGAUUUGCUUGUGCAAGGCUUACAGAGGGGUUGGACCACGCCUAGUCUUGAUUGAACAUUCCUCCUAAUUUGCUUGUGCUGUGUUUAUACAUCUUCCCUUUAUUAUUCGUUCAACCCACACUUUUCAAUGCAUUUCCCAGUCAUUUUCCUAACCAUAAAAAUUCUGUUGUUGUUUUUUAAGUGCAUUUCCUGUGCUAGAGUAGCAGAGCACUUUAAUUGCAUAUCCCUGUGUUUUCAGUAUGCGCUAGAAUCCUUUCCACAAAAUGCUGACAGUCUGGAGGUGAACCCAGAAUGAAAGGAAGAACCAGAAUGGGUCCUAUCACACUUUUACUUGAGCUUUAGAACAUGCAUUGUAAACUUUACAUAUGGCUAAUUUAACAUAGCAUUCUCUGUUGUGCAACAUUUUGUCCAUAUUACGCAUUUAUUUACUAUACCCCUGGGCCAUUCUUCCUUUGGGAAUCUCAGAGCAGCUUCCGAAGUCUCCCAUUCACACAACUGGACUGUGAACACCUUAACUUCAGAUAACAAAAGAAUUAUUGUGGCCAGCACAUUUUAUAGUCAUCUUUUAGCUUCUGCUCUGUGGCUGCUAAUUGAGGCUGUCAUCAUAUACCCUAGGAGAAAAGCUAUGCCCAGCCAAAUGUAACCUCCCUCCAUUGUUGGGAAAAAGACAGAAGAAGACUAGUGGCUCCAACUGAACGUUCAACUAAAUCUACUCUUGUUCUCCGUACUUUCACUUUCUCACACCUUGCCUUAGUAACUGUCAGGAGUGACUGGCAAGUAGGGACCCCACUGAGGACCUGGCCUCCUGGCAGUGCUGUCACUGGUGCACACUGGGGCAGUGUUUGGACAGUGCAUGGUGGCAAGCUUGAGAUGGUUUGGGCACACCAGUAGGAGCACCAGAAUCGCUAAAUCACCCUGACCUCACCAUGGCCCUGCCCCACCCGAUCCUGGUAUACAGCAGUGACACCACUACUGGGAGGCAAGUUCCACAGUGGGAUCUGUCCUUGUUUGGCAUUCGUGUAACCGUGGUCUGGCUAGGCCAUAUGCACUUUCCCCAUGCGUAUCUACUGUCAUGCCAGUCCCCCAAGGGCACUUGCACAAGAAAGGUAUUGUAUGUGCAUUUCUCCAGGAUAAAAAUCUAUUGGAUCCACACUUGCCUGUGAGCAACCCCAGUAAGUUUGCAGCUUACAAUACUGAUCACUUAUUGAGGGCUCAGUGGACCCACCAAGCCUGUGGUGGUAUUAAAAUCUGAUUGACAUUGUGCAGUGAAGGUUUCUGUUUGGAGAAACAUGCAUGCAUCAGCUCGUUGUGUAUGCCUGGAACAGAGCUGCGGUGAUUGAUUGCCCUCACAGCAAUUCACUUAGACACAAAAUUCUCUGGAAGGGCCCAAGGCAAAAACUUACACAUGUGCAAUCAGUGCACACCUUACGCUAGGCCAGAGAUGGGGAACUUGUGGCCUUCCAUAUACUGUUGGACUCAGUCAUUUAAUGAUAAUUUUGUACUUUUAUUACUGUGUUUUAUAUUUUAUUGUAUAUAUUGCUGUUACACCACCAUGCUGUUACGGACAAAAGUCCAAUGCUGGGGUGACAAGUCAAUAAUCACACCAGGGUAGAAAAAGAAAGGGCUUAUUCAGACUGAGGUAAGAAGGGACAGGGGAAUCAAGUUCCAAAUCCUGCACAUCUUUUCAUGGCAUGCUCAUGCAAUUUAUACAGUUAAAUUACAUUCGUUAAUACUUACUAUGAUUCUAUUGACUAUCAGCAUUUAGCAUAAGCAAUCCCUGUCACAACCUACUGCUUCCUCUUUUUGCCUUAUCUCUCCCUGCAAAACCAGCAGUUACAACUUCUUGGUAAACAAGAUGGGAGGUUAGAGGACACCUGGCAGUUCAGUUGAAUACAUUUUUGGGAAUAUAGGAAUAAAACAAACUCUCGUCAGCCCCAGCUAGCACUGCCAGUGGCCAGAGAUGAUGAGAGUUGUCGUCCAACAACAUUUGGAGGGCCACAGGUUCCCCAUCCCUUCCCAGACUAACCUGCUAUCUAAACUUGCCUUUGGGGCCUAGCUAAAGCACCUAUGUCCAUGAGAUGAUGGCACAUCAUAUAACUCAUGCCUGAAAGCAGUUGAGCAAAAGUAUAGUAGAACUGCAUGAACUUAUCCGAAGUGUUCUGGAACAAAGCAUUACUUCUGGAAAAUACAAACAGUGGCAGCAUCUGAUAUACCAAAACAAGUGAGAUUAGCAACCCCAAACCAUAUUAUUUACUGGGAAGUAGUGCCAGGGAUUUCAGUGGAGUUGACACCAGUAGGAUGAUAGCUGGUUCGAUAGGUAAAUAUAGUUCUUCUGUGCCAGGCAUAAUGAAUCCUGUCAGAGUCAAGUUGAUAAUAUUGAUUGGAACUCAUUAAAUUAGGAAACUUCCUCUUUUAUAUAAGACUCUAUUUAUAGUGUGAGCUAUGUAAUGCUCUUAAAAGCUUUCCCUCUACAGUUAUUUAAAUGUGAAUGAAGCAUUAAAUGCACAUUCCAGUAAAGACAUGAGCUCUUAUCUGAAAAUGCAAGGCAAUAAAUAUACCACCCAAACAAAUGAAAGAAAAAUAUGUGGCAGGUUUUCCAAUCAAGCUGUGUUGGUCCUUUUAACUGGGACCAGUAUCAGUUCCUGGUGGGAAAAGAUGCUCUACCUGGGUUUUGGGAGCACCUGCUGCUGUCUGGGCCCAUUCAAAAGCCUUCUAGGUUUAGGGGAAAGGGGAAGAGAGAAGCAAGCACUUUCAAGCCUUUGUGAUCAAUCAAACUAAACUCUCUCAAAGUCCUUGAGCUUUUAUGAGGCUUCAGCUGCAACAUUUGAAAAAGCUCAUCUUCUUGUAGAAUGCCUGGUGCAAAUUACAAUGCAUAGUUUCUAUUAUUAUAGAUCCCACAGCGGCUUGGAGAUUUAGUUGUUAGUCAUCUCAAAUCUAGUGCUGCAUUGAAUCCCUGAGAUCUGAGCCUCUGGACUAAGGAGUACUCCCAAGCUAUGUACAUGUUCUUUCAGAGGAAGUGUAAACCCAUCCAGAACAGUACAGUAAAAAAAUUAUAAACAUGGUGUGACCUUAACACGUCAAGAGUUGAGGGCAAGGUGCUAUGUACACAAAAGAAGUGUGUGGCUCAAUUUUAGUUUACAACUCUUCAUUCCCAAGAAUGGGGCAUUGGUCUCUGAAGCAGCCUUCAACGGUGCAUCGUUAAAUUAUAGUCCUGACAAUAGUUGGCUGUUCCAUGCCAAUGUCCAUCCAAGUAUUCCUAUGGCUUUAUCUAUUUGCGUAUUAAGAUCCCCAGGAGCUUCCCAAUAAUAAAGACACAAUUGACACAGAAUUUAGUUUUAGGUUAUUGGCAUAAUUUUGGCCACAACUUUAUUGAUUACAGAUAGUGAGUGGUUUGUUUAGGCAUUGUUUCCCGACUAGCUGCGCCUGACCUCAGCAGGACAGCACUGACGACUGGGCCCCACCAUAUCGUCAGUACACCAUGGGGGAGCAUUGGUAUGGUCACGUGACUCAAAAUGCUCCCAGGGACUUUUGCCUGGCCCUACCCCCUGAAAGGGGUCGACAAAAGCAUGCCAAGUCCCUGGAUUCCUUUAACGGAAUAUCUGUUGAGCAUUGGAGGGGCCAGGUUCUCUGACCGUCCCUCCAGACCACCCUGAACCAAUGCCUAACUGCCAAACCUUACAAAGUUGUGAUGAUUUGCAGGUGAAACCCAAGUGGCACCAGCCAGUCAACCAAAUGGGAAAGACUCUCCUCCUGCAAAAGAGGGGAGUGGUUGUGGGUGGGAGCCGGUUCCCGCCUCAAGCAGGGGGCAUUAGCCCCCUUGCCUCCUCUCACCUGGCUGGCGCACCACGCCCACGGGCAGGCACCCAACCAGGUGCCUCCGAAGGGGCAUGGAUGGCAGCGUAAAUCGCUGCUGCGCCAGCCACGCGGCCCUCACUCUUCGUCGUCCCGUCGUGAGUCACCCACCCUCCACUCCCUUAGAGAUCAGGGUCUCAGUUUCUUUUGGCCUUGCUAUGGACCUUAGGUUGGUCGCCCUGGUUGUCCAGGGGCCCUGGUAGGAAUUUUUCCAUUUGGCAUUAGGCUUUGUGGUUUUUUCGCCUACCUCGUAGCAAUCGUCACAACUUUCGUGGUAUUGGUGGGUAGGUUAGGCAUUGGAAUAAUGUGUUGUGGUGUGUGGAAGGGCUAGGUGUGGCCAUCGCCUACGCCUUCAAUUUUUGGGUAUUCCGUUAAAGGAAUCCAGCGGUCGUGUAUUCUGUCUGAUGCCUGCGUGGCGGGAGGCCAUGGCACGACCCUCGGUGACAUCAGGGGAGAGCUUAUAGUUGGAUUAGCAUCAACAGGCUCCACCUACUGGUGAAUAAACCCCCUCUCUAGACUCACCCCUCUCCGAGUGGGUGGAGUCAGCUGACGUAAUCCAAUGCCUAAGCCAAUACCUUUUCACUUGCUGUAAUCAAUAAAGUGAUGGCCUUUUCUUGCCCAUUAACCUUAUAUCACAUGCCCGUGCGUUUCACGGGGGAUCAGGUCCUCGAACCACAAAAUUCCUACUGGGCCCCUGUCCCAAGAAUAGACGACCUACGGCAGAAUAGCAAAGUCAUACCAAGACCUUAAAUAUAGGGAGGGUGGGCGGGUGAUCCAGUGCACGAAGUGAAAAACGGAAGCUCAAUGCAACGUGCAGCGGUAUAUAUAAAGGUCCCUCGGCUAAUACACAAAAAAUCCUGUUGGCCACAUCUGUCCAGCAACCGAGAGACCACCAAUUGGGUUGUUGUGGCUAUCAAAUCGCUCCCACCCACACAACAAUGAGUUCAGUCCUGAUGAACUCACCACAACACAUGCCCUCUGUGAGGAGGACCCGAUUUAGCAGUCUUUUUGCUGUCACCCCCCAAACUGUCUUCAGUCAUAGCUCAGAUGUGUGAGUAUGGCAAAUCAUGGAAGCGUAGAGUUCUUGUUGCCUCACCAAGAGAAUUUAUUACCAUAUGUUUCCAGUUAUUAUGUUGCAUUGUGAAGUCUCUGGUCAUGAGGAGAUUUCUGCAAUACUUAUUUAAUUCGUUGCAGAUUUGAAAUAUAUUUAUGUAAUAUUAUUUCCAGUGCAUAACAUAAUGAAAUACAGUACACAUCAGAUAUUUUUCCAAUAUGAGAAGUUUGUGGCAGGCAUGCUACAGUCCAUGGUCCCUAUCUUUUCCUUUAGGACACUAGAAAUAGUGGUUAGAUCACUAUGGCUGUAUUUAGAUUUAACACAAAACCAUGGUUUGCUUCACUAAACCAUACUUCGUUGCAGUAUCUGAAUCUGACCCUGUUCACAAGUUGUGGUGUGUUUGGGACUGCAAACUAGGCCCUGAAAUCACAAUUCCUCCCCACCCCCUUUAUUAACAAUCUCUUAUAUCAUAUGACACAUUUCAUAUAGCAUAUCUCAUAUAACAUAUACAUAUGUAUUGUACAUCUUCUUGAGUAAACAUAUAUAUAAUCCAUGUAAGCAAAAACCAUAUACAAGUAGUAUUUUGUUUACUUACAUAAAUUAAACUGAUUCAUAUUUUUACUAUCUUUUGUUUUCUUAUCUAAUUAUUAACAUGAAUUAAAGAAAGAAAAAACCAAAAAUAAAGAAAAAGGUGUAGUUGGACUUCCUAUCAUUUCCUGGUGUAUAUACCUAUCAUUACUGAGUUAUUCUUUAUAUUCCUUCUAAUACAUUCUUACAACAGUUAAUCACAAUUUCAAGCAGUUUGUGAACCAGUUUGUGCUAACUAUAAGUUUUUAAAAAAAUAAUAAAUCUGUAUCCACAGACCACUGACAAACCACAGUUAGUUAGGGCUGUUAUUCUGGUCAGGAAGCUGCUGAGUCAUGGAGAUGGGAGUGGAUUUUUGAAACCUGUGUUCUGAACAGAUGGGAAACGAAAACAGACAAGGAGCUGAAAAGCAUAGUUUGUCCAUCUAAAAGCUCAGUCUCCAGGAACUUUUUGCCUGUGACACCCCAGCUGUGAAAUUCCUUUCCCAAGGAGGCUCACCUCAUCUUUUAGGUGCCAAGCUGAAAAUAUUGUUUUUUGCUCAGCUAUUUCAAAUAUUGUAUGAUUUACUUUCCAGGUGAUAUUUGUCCAUGAUACUUUGUGUGCAAUAUUUUUACUUGGAUAAUGCCAUAUAUUAUCAUUAUAAACUACCUGAGAAUCCAUUUUGAUAAAGCUCAGUGUCCGUGUGUAUAAAUUUUUUUAAAAACUAUGGUGUGGGUCCUUAACUAUGGUCAACACAAAUCAUGGUUUUACACUCACCCAUGGAAAAUGAUUAUAAGCAUAGAAAUAAUUGAGUGAGAGUGCAAAUGGAGAAGACUUCCCCCCCACCCCCACUAAUAAGGCUGAAGAGAAAGGGUUAAGGGGCUAAGAGUCUCUGAGCUACUAGUAAAGUGAGAAAAGCUGAAGAAACCAACCAGAAGCAGAGGCUCAAAGGAAGAUACUGGACACUUCAGCCAUAGAGAAACAGCUAAUGGAAUGUGGAAAACAGGCCAUUGGUGUCAAUCAACCAGAGAGGUGAUUCCUAGCCCAGAUACCUGAGUCACAUAAACUCCCAGUAUAAAGAUUGUCAAGAACUUUGGGUUUGGUGGCCAACACAGCAACAAGAUUCUGGUUAAAGCUAUGCGAUGCAUUGUUCAUGACUCCCCUUUAGCCCAAAUCACCAACACUGAAGCUGCCCUCUCCCCCAGUUGAGUGCUUGUGUAAGCAGUGCUUUUUUCAGGGGGUACACAAGGGUACACAGUACCACCAGCUCUUUUUUGUUGUUAAAAAGUGUGGCACUUACUGUAACAGCUUCACGGUGAGUACUGGCACCUAUUUUUCUAGGGAAAGAAACACUGUGUGUAAGCAUUAAUGUACUGCAGUUAGCAUUGUGAACAAAAUUAGCACUGUAAAGUAGCCAGCCUGUUGUUAAUUAUUUAAAUAAAAGGUGACCUGGUUACUGUCUUCAGCUCCCUUCUCUACAAGAUUCCUGCUCCCUGGCUAGUGGCUUGAUCACCCAUUGACCAGACGUAUGCAGUUGCUAGCACCAUUCAUGUCUAGUGUUCUAAAAUGAUUCUUAGAUGAUUGGCAGCCUUUCCAAUAGAUUUCCCUAAGGUUGAAGAUACUUUAGGACAGGAAUGUACAGCCUGUGACACUUCAAUUGUUGUUGGACUCAAAACUCACAUGAUAUUUUAUCAUUGGUCAAGCUGGCAGGGGCUGACGGGAGCUAGAAUUCAACAAUAUGGCCAUCCAUGCUUUAGUCUGAUCUAUUCUAAACUGCUGUAGCAAAUAUAUCAAGUUCAAUGUUUGCAAGAACGUAGAAAGAGAGCAGGACAGGGCUGUGCUUUCCUUGCCGGCUGCCUUGAAUGCUCUUGAGCUAUGCUCAUAAAUAUAAGAACCACAUUUGCUAAUUGAAGCCAAAUUCAGCUGAAUGAAAGACAAAACAUUUAGAUACACUAUAGCAAUAACUUGAACAAUGCAGACCUUGGCCUGAUGCCACUGGAAGUCAUGAUGUUAAAAUGCCCAUUGUUUUACAUAGGAGUGCAAUUGAUCUCUUGCCCGACAGCAAAAUCUCUGCUGCCCAAAGAACCCAUUGUUAGCUUUUAUGAAGGCAGGCGGACCAGAGCUUCUUGGUUAUGUUACAGCAUGGAUUAACCCUUAAGCAGAGCUAUAGGCACCACCCCAUCCAGCAGUUGAAUAAGGAAAAGAAACCAAGAUCACCCAGGAAAGCAGCCAAGUAGAGAGACUCAGUUCCAGCUGCUGCUGCCGAAAACAUAUUCCAGUUGGCAUUUGAUUUCUUGCAGAUGCCAAACAUGUCCCAUAUGGAGUUAAAGGGUGGUCCCCAGUGUUGGAUCAUUGGGAGGAAAAUUCAAUAGUGGCAGCAACAGAUGAAGCAAUGCCAAAUUAGGGCAAAAGUAUAGGAUGGCUUUUCUAAUAAAUUCUGUGUAAAUGGAGCUACAUUACACUUUCAGGAAAGGAAACUCGCCUAACUUCCAGAUGGAUUAGUGUCUAUAUGUGCAUGCUUCCCACCAACAAACCAACCAGGCUAAACAAUAUGGGAUCACUCAGACAUGCAUCUGAAUGUGUGCAGAAGAGGGAAAGUAAGGUUGUGCCCAUUGGCUUCUAGACAUGUUUGGCAUAGACUGCAUUUGGGCACCAUGGUUUGGUGCUAUGUGAAGCAAGCCUAGCUGCCUCUCAUCCUCCAACCAUUGUCUGAAGUUAGCUUAUUUUGCAACUAACCAUUGUUAGGGAUAAAUCAGGAUCCUUAACCGGGAAACAAAAAACAACAACCCUGCAGUUAAUGGAAAUCAAGUGGGAAAGAUUCAGAAUUCCUCUUCCUAGCCAUGCAGAAGGUUGGGGUGACAUGUAAGCCUUGGGGCUUACAUUGCAUCAUAUCAUGGUUUAGCAUAGGGGUGAUGAACCCAAAGGCUGACUCUGGCCUGUCAAGCUACAGUAUUUUAGUGGUCAGUCCAGCUCCAGCCAGACCAGUACUUUCCAAAGAUGUACUUCUUCCUGACCUUCUGAAAAGUCUCUCCUUUCUCUUGGAGUAAGAGGGUGCUCUUUGUGCAAAUGAACCAGGAGGUAGACCAUCUGAGCUAGAGUUAAGCUCUUCACUCUUUAGCUAGAGCAAGUAGGAGAGACCUUCUGCCUGUGGCCAGUUGGCUUCACCAUGUGCACCUGAUCUCUGACCUGCUUCUUUUGCCCUGCACAUGCCCUUCCCCACAGAUGUUUGUUUUGCCUUUCUCCUGCCCUAGCACACUUGCUGGUCUAGAAGACAGAAAAACAGCUGCUUCUCCACCCGACACAGAAGUAAAGCUGAAUGGGGAAAAUCUGGUGGAAAGUGAAGUACAGUAUGCACAGUAUGUGGUAACUGGAAUAAGGUGGAUGGCUGAGAGAGAAGGGAUUCCCCAGGGACCUUUGGUUUGGGCUCGCUAUGUGGACAUCGAUUUCAAAAAAUGUCCUCCACCCCUGAGAUAG